GCCGCCGGGGGCAGCAGGUGUGAGAACGUCCCUCGCCUGCCUGAACCUCUACUUCACUCCUCAUUAGUAAUCUUGCAAACACCUGGCUGUCCAACAGCUUGGCCCUUCUAUUAUUGAUUCAGAUUUCGUCAAAGGCUCAUUCUUUUGUCGGCUUUUAUCUGGCCUAAGUAACAGGAAAGUCACCAUAUAGCUCACUAUGCUGAGAUCCUGGGUAGCCUUCCCACCAUGUUGGAACUGGGCUCCUAUUCGGUCAGCUCUCAGUCUCUGACAGGGGACCACAAUGCCGUGGGGCUACCUAGAGCUCCAGUGGGGCCAGAGUGUCCAAUGGUUGGUCUGGGCAUGGGGAAGAUGUGUGGUAGCAGCACACCCAAGCGUCACAUCCUUCCCUCGUCCCCAGCGGACUGUGAGAGCUGGCAGAAGCAUCGCACCGGACUGGUCAGAGGGUCGAACCUGUUUUCUGAGUCCCACUCCCUUGUGGAUCCUCAAAGUCUCUCAACCAGCUAUGACACCCUCUACCUCCCACAAGUGUCUGGCCAUGCUCCCCCUCUACAUCCAAACCGUCUCGGCCUCUCUCUUGAUGUGGCCUCGACUUUUGAUGUUGGGGGGGCCAUGCUGGGGGUGGAUGGAGAUUUGGUGGUCAGUCCCAAUGUGAUCAAGAGACGUCGUGGCGGCCUGAUCGAGCAGAGGGACAUCGUCAAAGCCCAUCAGGCUCAUAAGAUUCACAGCACACCACAGGCACGACGCAAAGAGUGGGAAAUGGCCCGCUUUGGAGACGACGUCCCGGGCUUGUUGAGCUCAGGCGAUGGAGGGUCCGAGCGCAACCGAAACCGCGAUGGGGCGGCCGUGUCCACAGGUGGCAUCUCCCCAGCCUUCAAGCAGACCAAAGCGCAGCGUGCCCGCACUAUGGCCUUGUACAACCCCAUCCCGGUCCGGGAGAACUGCUUCACCGUCAACAGGUCCCUCUUCAUCUUUGGCGAGGACAACAUAGUCAGGAAGUACGCCAAGAAAAUCACUGAGUGGCCUCCGUUUGAGUACAUGAUCCUCACCACCAUCAUCGCCAACUGCAUCGUCUUGGCUCUGGAGCAGCACCUUCCUGGAGAGGACAAAACACCCAUGUCCAAGAGACUGGAGAAGACAGAGCCCUACUUCAUCGGGAUGUUCUGUUUCGAGGCUGGCAUAAAGAUCAUCGCCCUCGGCUUUGUGUUUCAUAAAGGCUCUUACCUCAGGAACGGAUGGAACGUCAUGGACUUCAUCGUGGUCCUCAGUGGGAUCCUGGCUGCGGCAGGAGCACACAUGAACAUCUCAGUGGACUUGAGGACCCUGAGGGCGGUGCGAGUGCUCCGACCCCUCAAACUGGUCUCAGGCAUCCCCAGUCUGCAGAUAGUCCUGAAGUCUAUCAUGAAGGCCAUGGUUCCCCUGCUGCAGAUUGGCCUGCUGCUCUUUUUUGCAAUCCUCAUGUUUGCCAUCAUUGGUCUGGAGUUUUACAGCGGCAAGCUGAACAAGAACUGCAUACCACAUCCUGGAAUACUGGAGAACGAGACAGUGGACUCCUCCGAGCUGGAGUUCCCGUGUGGCGUGCGUCAGUGUCCGGCCAGCUAUAACUGCAGCGAUACAGGGACUGCCCCAAAUGACGGCAUCACUCAGUUUGACAACAUCCUGUUUGCUGUUCUCACUGUCUUCCAGUGUAUCACCAUGGAGGGAUGGACAACUGUUCUCUACAAUACCGACGAUGCCUUGGGCCCCAGCUGGAACUGGCUCUACUUCAUCCCUCUCAUCAUUAUUGGCUCUUUCUUUGUCCUGAACCUGGUGCUGGGAGUCCUCUCUGGGGAAUUUGCCAAGGAGAGGGAGAGGGUGGAAAACCGCAGGGCCUUCAUGAAGCUGAGACGCCAACAGCAAAUUGAGAGGGAGCUCAACGGCUACCGGGCCUGGAUCGACAGAGCAGAGGAAGUGAUGCUUGCUGAGGAGAAUAAGAAUGCGGGACCUUCUGCCCUUGAUGUGCUGAAGAGAGCCACCACCAUCAAGAGGAGAGGGAUGGAUGUGGUGCAUCGAGGACAGCCAGGGGAGGAACAAUAUGGUGACAUCUCCUCAGUGGGCAUCCCCAUGGCCAGAGCAAGUAUCAGGAGUGCCAAGCGAGGUCCAACAGCGUAUUUUCGCCGUAAGGAGCGUCUCCUGCGUAUCUCCAUCCGGCGUGUGGUGAAGACACACACUUUCUACUGGACAGUGCUGGGCCUCGUGGCCCUCAACACACUGUGUGUGGCCAUUGUCCACCACAACCAGCCGCAGUGGCUCUCCAACUUCCUCUACUAUGCAGAGUUCCUGUUCCUUGCUCUGUUCCUGACCGAGAUGUUUCUGAAGAUGUACAGCUUGGGACCGCGUCUCUACUUCCAUUCUUCCUUUAACUGCUUUGACUGUAGUGUAAUUGUUGGCAGCAUCUUUGAAGUGCUGUGGGGUUUCUUCAGGCCUGGCACCUCCUUUGGCAUCAGUGUCCUGCGUGCUCUCCGUCUGCUGAGAAUCUUCAAGAUUACCAAAUAUUGGGCGUCUCUGAGAAACCUGGUCGUCUCUCUGAUGAACUCCAUGAAGUCCAUCAUCUCUCUCAUCUUCCUCCUCUUCCUCUUCAUUGUUGUCUUUGCGCUCCUUGGCAUGCAGCUCUUCGGUGGCAGGUUCAUCUUCGAAGACUACACCCCAACAAACUUUGACACCUUUCCUGCAGCCAUCAUGACUGUCUUUCAGAUCCUGACCGGAGAGGACUGGAAUGAGGUGAUGUACAACGGUAUUCGUUCUCAAGGAGGAGUAAAGUCUGGCAUGUGGUCCUCUAUCUACUUUAUAGUGCUCACACUGUUUGGAAACUAUACUCUGCUGAAUGUCUUCUUGGCCAUUGCUGUGGAUAACCUUGCCAAUGCACAAGAACUUACCAAGGAUGAAGAGGAAGCAGAGGCGGCAUUCAACGAGAAGCACGCUCUCCAGAAAGCGAAGGAGGUCGGCCCACUGUCCUCCUUCAUGUCUUCAGAGGGAAGUCGGAGGAGGCGGCCCUACCUGUACAGGAAAAGAGCCAUCCACCGCAGUCGGCCAACUUACUCCUGCUCCCUGGACGAGGCUCAGGGCAGCAUCAGGCAGGGCCGCCCUCCCCCGCCGCUCAAUCCCUCUAACUCUUUCAUGUCCAGGAGAGAGAGAAGAAAAAGGAUGACCAUGUCAGUGUGGGAGCAGAGAACCAGCCAGCUGCGGAGACACCGCCAGAUGUCCAGCCGAGAGAUCCUGUUCAGCAGCCCCAGCGAGGAGAAAGACGGACCUUCUGCUUCAGCCCAGGCCCAGCAUGGACAUCCCCUGUCGCUGCACCGCAAGGUCAUGGAGCACACGCAGUCUGGGAGUUUGAAGCGCCUGACGGAGCCCUUAGCCUCUCCUGUGAAGAACCAGGCUUCAGGCUCCUCCAUGUCUGUGAAUAUCCCUCUGGAUGCUAUGCGCUCUGGUGACAUACCUGAACCGCCAGUGUCAGCGCCAGCGCCGGAGUCAUUGGAUCCUGAGAACAUUCCCCUUCCUGAAGUAUCUGUGGCGAUAUCAGAGCCCAUCGCAGAGAGCGGAAAACUGGGUGUUGAUCAGAGCCACAGCACCACCACUGAGCGCCGGAGCCCCAGAUUAAAUGGCGAGCGCCAACACCGGGCGGUGAAGAAGUUCAGACCACCAGAUAACCUUGACACACUGACUCCUGAGAUGGGAGGUCAUGGUGGGAUCAGGGGCAGGAGGGCGCUGCAUCACUGUGACCAUCAUCAGAACGGAGCCAGAAGUCAGGGGUCAACAACUGGGAAUGGAAGCCAUUUGGCGAGUCGCUCUGCCAGCAGGGAGAGAAAGAAAAAUCCAAGGAAAGCAGAGGAGAAGGAAGCAGAGGCCAAAAAGCAGGAAGAGGUGUCAAAACCUGAUGACAGCAGACUGGGUGACAGGAAUGAAGGAGGAGGAGAUGGUGACCCACCAGACAACCAGAGCCACACUGGUGAGCAGUGUCCUCAGAAGCAGGAAGAGCCUCCUCAGCAGUCGGACCCGUGUCCAGCCGCCAUCCCAGAUAGCAGCAAAGAAGAGAACAACACAGAACAGGACCAGGAUAAAUCACAGCUCAGCUCCAGUGUGAUCAUCGAGUUACCCAACGUUCAAUCAUCUCUGGAGCUCUCCACGAUCACAGUCCAUCACUCCCACUUCACUCACUGUGGUCUAGCAGGAGUGAAGAGGCAUUUAAUCAGGACAGGAUUCAUUUCAAGUCACUGCACACAAGUCACUCAUCAGUUCAACAGUAAAGAUGCUGAAACCUGUAAAUCAGAGAAGGAGGAAGCAGAGGAGACAAAGCCUGUCACCACUGUGACUCCAGACAGCAUGUUCAUCUUCAAACAUGACAACCCGGUGCGUCGAGCUUGUCACUAUGUGGUGAACCUCAGGUACUUUGAAAUGUCCAUCCUGUUGGUCAUCGCUGCGAGUAGUAUAGCACUGGCGGCUGAAGACCCUGUCGCCACCUCCUCUGACUGGAACAAGGUUCUGCGGUACUUUGAUUAUGUUUUCACUGGAGUCUUCACGUUUGAAAUGAUCAUAAAGAUGAUCGACCAGGGUCUGAUCCUCCAUGAUGGCUCCUACUUCAGGGACCUGUGGAACAUCUUAGACUUUAUCGUCGUGGUGGGAGCACUGGUCGCCUUCGCCCUCUCCAAUGUGAUGGGAAAUAACAAAGGACGAGACAUUAAGACCAUCAAAUCUCUGAGAGUGUUGCGUGUCCUCAGACCACUGAAGACCAUCAAGAGACUUCCUAAACUCAAGGCGGUGUUUGACUGUGUGGUAACGUCUCUGAAAAACGUCUUCAACAUCCUGAUUGUCUACAAGCUUUUUAUGUUCAUCUUUGCUGUCAUCGCCGUGCAGCUCUUCAAGGGGAAGUUUUUCUACUGUACCGACAGUUCGAAGGACACGGAGAAGGACUGCCAGGGUUACUAUAUUGACUACGGGAAGUAUAAGAAGGAGAUGAAGAGAAGAGAGUGGAAGAGACACGAGUUUCACUACGAUAACGUCAUCUGGGCUCUGCUCACCCUCUUCACUGUUUCUACUGGAGAGGGAUGGCCUCAGGUUCUGCAGCACUCAGUGGAUGUGACAGAAGAGGACAGAGGGCCGAGCCACGGCAACAGGAUGGAGAUGUCUAUCUUCUACGUCAUCUACUUUGUCGUCUUUCCCUUCUUCUUUGUGAACAUCUUUGUGGCUCUCAUCAUCAUCACCUUCCAGGAACAGGGGGACAAGAUGAUGGAGGAGUGCAGCCUGGAAAAGAAUGAGAGGGCGUGCAUUGACUUUGCCAUCAGUGCCAAGCCCCUCACCCGCUACAUGCCCCAGAACCGGCACACUUUCCAGUACCGACUGUGGCAUUUUGUGGUAUCACCCUCUUUUGAGUACACCGUUCUGGCAAUGAUCGCUCUCAACACCAUUGUACUGAUGAUGAAGUAUUAUUCUGCACCGCCAACCUAUGAGGCUGUUCUGAGGCACCUGAACACAGCUUUCACUGUUCUCUUCUCAGUCGAGUGCGUUCUCAAGAUCAUGGCCUUCGGCUUUCUGAACUAUUUUCGAGACACGUGGAACAUUUUUGACUUCAUCACUGUUUUGGGCAGCAUCACAGAGAUUGUGGUAGACUUGCAGUCUGCUGAUUCGUUCAACAUGAGUUUCUUGAAGCUGUUCCGAGCAGCUCGUCUGAUCAAGCUGCUGAGACAAGGUUACACCAUCCGGAUUCUUCUGUGGACCUUUGUCCAGUCCUUCAAGGCUUUGCCCUACGUCUGCCUGCUCAUCGCCAUGCUCUUCUUCAUCUAUGCCAUAAUUGGCAUGCAGGUGUUUGGGAACAUUAAACUGAACGAUAAGACUCACAUUACCCAGCACAACAACUUCAGGACCUUCUCUGGUGCUCUGAUGCUGCUGUUCAGGAGUGCCACAGGAGAGUCAUGGCAGGAGAUCAUGCUGUCCUGUCUGGCGGGACAGAAGUGUGAGACUGACCCAGCACUAUCCAUGUCUGACCCGGAGGGGGGCUGCGGCUCCGACUUUGCCUACUUCUACUUUGUCUCAUUCAUCUUCUUCAGUUCCUUCCUGAUGCUGAACCUGUUUGUGGCCGUGAUCAUGGAUAACUUUGAGUAUCUGACAAGAGACUCGUCUAUCUUGGGUCCACACCACCUGGAUGAGUUUGUCCGGAUCUGGGGGGAGUAUGACCGUGCCGCCUGUGGUCGUAUCCAUUACACUGACAUGUAUGAGAUGUUGACCAACAUGUCGCCACCUCUAGGCCUGGGCAAGAAAUGCCCCUCCAAGUUGGCAUAUAAGAGACUGGUCCUGAUGAACAUGCCUGUGGACGAUGACAUGUCUGUUCACUUCACCUCCACCCUUAUGGCCCUCAUCCGCACCGCCCUGGAGGUCAAGAUAGCCAGAGGAGGGGAGGAUAGAAAUCAGAUGGACCUGGACCUGCAGAAGGAGAUAAGUGUCAUCUGGCCUCAUCUCUCUCAGAAGUCACUGGACCUUCUGGUUCCCAUUCAUAAAGCAAGUGACAUGACCAUUGGGAAGAUCUAUGCCGCCAUGAUGAUCAUGGACUACUACAAGCAGAGCAAGGCCAAGAAGCUCCGACAGCAACUGGAGGAGCAGAAACAUGCUCCAAUGUUCCAGCGUAUGGAUGCCUCCUCUCUGCCUCAAGAAAUCCUAUGCAAUGCCAAAUCCCUUUCAUUCCUCAGGCACAGCGCCGGAUCUGCUCUCACAAGGGGAGGUUUUGUGGCACUCAGCCCAAUCUCUCCACAAGAGAUGUUCCUGCAGCCGCUGUCUCACUCCAGGGAGGAGAAGGAGGAGGAGGAUGAGGAGGAGGACGACGACAACUACCGUUCACCCUAUCACCCCUACAGCCACCACCACCACCAUCACUUACACACGCUGGUGCCAGACGUAGUGGAGUAUAACCAAGUGAUGCAGCAGGCCAGGCAGGACCCAACAGUUAUUAAAUCACCUCAGCGGACAGCAUCCAUCAGAGCGUCCUCCAUGCCCAGACUGGCUGUUGAUCCACAGCCUGUGAUGUCAGCAGACAGUAAGGUGAUGAAGCGCUCCUUCUCCACCAUCGGAGACCAGUGUGUGAACGGCCUUUGGCAGGAACAACACUCUCUCGAGAGAGUCAGUCCUGACGACACAUACAGACCUCGGCAGAGAAGCUACAGAGGUCCGAGAAUCAACCACAGAGAAACAAGCAGUCAUGAGAGAGGGCGAUCUAAGGAACGACGCCACCUCCUGUCUCCUGACGUGUCCCGCUGCAACUCUGAGGAACGCAGCCGGGAUCCAUCGUGUGAAAGAAGACGGUCCCGUUCACCUAGCGAAGGACCCGCGCCCAGCUUGCAGAGACAGGUGAACACAUCAGGCAGCCCUGCCCAUUCAGCCUCAGAGUCCAGUACUCCUCGUAAUCGCCGCCAGCUGCCACAGACGCCCUCUCGACCCCGGCCGUACAUCUCCUAUUCCCCUCUGGUCUGCGGAGCCCACACCUCUCCCACGCCGGUGAUCUCCGCUGAGGGACAGACCCAGCCUCAGGAUGGUCCUGGUGUCUCCACAGAGACCACUUGGAGAGCUGAUAAGGAGGGCGGCACUAUCACUGGGGGCCAGGGCUCAUCCGGAGGUCAGGUUUCAGGACCGAGCAACCCGUCUCCUCACCGCUACAUCUCAGAGCCCUACCUCCCCUUCCAUGAGGACGUCAGUGGUGGAGAGGCAGGUGAGACGCAGGACACACUCACUUUUGAGACUGCAGUGGCAAAAAGCCUGGGCCAGGCCAACACCAUAAGCUCCGCCCCUCAGCUCAGACAUUCCUGGCAGGUUCCAAAUGGGCAUUUCCGGAAGCAGUUGGGCCAAGCGAGACCGGCUGGGGCCAGCGAGCUUCUAAGUGACACAGACGAGGAUGACCGCUGCUAAAAACCAGAGAUGAAGGAGAUGCAUGGAGCGACUGAGCAAAUCAGAGAGCGGCGCCACAUGAUGCCACAAGGCUUUAGCUCCUCUGAGACUCUGAGAACUCGUAUUCUCAGUACCAGUAGCAUAACAGGCAGAACUGAACACUACUGCUGUUUAUCUGGAUACUUGGGUGUCUUUCUGUGACGUAUUCUUAUGUGUGUGUUUGUUGUAGCUGGAGGGAGGCUACAUGCUUGGACAUGGGUGUGUGUUUAGGUGUGUGUGUGUGUGUUUGUGUGCGUGUGCUCUCAUAGAGAAAAUUUGCCAAAUCAAGCCAACAGCAGAGACUGGCUGUACUAUAAGUAGAACACUGCAGGCAAGCCCAAGUGUUGCCGAGCCUUCCCACACAAGUUAGUGUUUUGAUUGUUAUUUGAACAAAAUAUGGCGAGACGUCGAUCCAAGGUGCCCAAACCUCUUGUUGAAUCCAAGAAAGUGAAGUGCAGUUUGUGUAAGUGAACGUAGAGGUAGCAUGUAAAAAUGUAAUACAAUGAAUGUAUUUUAGCUUCUGGUCAUUUGAGAGGGUUGCUGUUAGUCUUUAUUGUGCAUAGUUGUGCAUAGUUGAAACAGGGGUCGAUUGAGAUUUCCAGAUUGUGUCAGUUUGUAACUGGCAGCCAGCCAUUACACACAGUUCCUGUUUACAGCUGGAGGAUCCACAUGGUUCAUGGGCAUUAUACAGUCGCUAAUCAGUUCCAGACCUUGAAGUGGGCAAAAGUUUUAGUGAUGGAGUUAUUUUCCUGUCCCCAUAUGAAAAAAAUGCAACCUCUACUUAGUGUGAAAUAAAUGCUAAAGAUCUUGAACAGAUAACAGAAUAAGAGAUGUUUUGUCUCAGGAUACUCGAUCGUUGAAUUUGUAAUGUAUCAUCUUCUAAACUCUUGUUCACGUGGUCGCCAAAACGAGGAUAAUCAGAGGGACUAGAAAUGUCUCUGAACCCAACGUGUUAGUCAGCUUGAUGACAACAAAACAAGACCGGACCAGAUUACACACAGGCUUGUGGUCUGCAUCUUCUCUUCUCAUGGACCACCAUCUGCAGGACAGACAGCCUGAGCGAAGGCAAAAGGAUGCUCAUGCUUCACAUUUCUGUGCUGGAUAACCACCAUCGAUGUUGUGUCAGAGAGGUGACUAAAGCCAUUUUCUUCUGGUACGUGGAGCCAGGGACUUGUCUUCUUCAGGAUGUGUUGCCUUCUUUCACCUGAUAACGAAAACAAUGAGAAAUUAAUGCCACUUUUUACAUGUGAUGCAACACGGAUACUUUUACUAAAGAGGAAUCACGAGCACAGUAUUGUUUGUCUUUAUGUCACCUGCCACAUUGUUUCCGUCACAUUCAAGCUUAUCUUUUGGUCAGCAGAAACAAACAUUAUGGUAUUUUCUGUGCUCCGGAGUUAUAGUAAUUUUCCACAUGCAUGAUCAUGGUGACAAUGAUAAUGAGAGAUAUGUGAGAGAAAUAUGUCUUAGAGCUGCCUGAUUGUCCUUAAUUUGAACGUAUCCAUGACUCUGAAUGGGAUUUAAAACCACUUCACAAACAGCAUUCACCGUCUGUAUCUUUGAACAUUCCAACUUUCGACCAUUUGUUGCUUUCCAUUAAAUGAGAUGUAUAUUUAUAUCAUGUGCUGUUGUGUUAAUGUAAUGAGUUAAGUUCGACAUGUUUCUGAAAUGUGAAUACAGGACGUAUCUGGGCUGAGGAUCCACAGGCCAGAAGAGGUCACGAUCACCUGCUGGGACCCCAAACAGAACAGUCGUGGGCUGAAAAAAAAAAAGAAAGAUGUAUUUUAGAAGAGAAAUCUCCUUUGAGGUGUGUUGACCGUAUUGCUUGAUUUAUACAGUAUAUAGCUUAGUUUAAGGCUCCAGUCUGUAGUUUAUUGGACCGUGCUUAGCAUGUACAGUGCAGCCUAGGACUUAACCUCCAUGUCCGACUCUGUACAGAACAGCCUAAUCUGUGCCUGGGGAGACUCGCCCAAACAGUUUCCUAUCAAGUCUGGAUUUUAGAUAGAGAAGCUUUCUGGUACAAAUGUAGUAUAAAAUGUACAAAAUAAAUCCAUGUUUAAUUUAUUGCACCAUUUAUAUUUUAUUUGUAUCAUGAUGCCUGUCUAUGACUAACAAAAGAAGUGUUUACUUAUCUGUUCAAAGGACCAUUAAAGAGAGAUCA